AUGACGGAUAAUUCUGCUGCUGAAAAGGCAGCACUGCAACAGACGUGGCCAACAGUGAGGCAACUUCUGUGCCAUUUCCAUGUGACACAGGCGGAGUGGCGCUGGUUGACUGCCUCUCGUAACAACGUCGAGAAGACCCAAAGACGUCAACUGAUGAACUGUUAUAUGCAGGUCAUGUAUGCCGACAGUGAGGAGAAGCUGGAGGGUGCAAUAGCGCAGCUUCUCUCACAGCCCCAUCCAGCCUUCGUAGCACGUGCGGAAGCCUUCCUCCAAAGGCAGGAGGAGUGGGUUCUUCUCUUCCGCAGCAGUGCCACGACACAUGGGCACAGUACCAACAAUGUUGCCGAAGCUACCAUACGUGUCCUGAAGGACAUAGUACUAAGCAGAGCGGAGGCCUUCAAUGUUGUGGCACUGGUGGAUGCCAUUUCCACAGUGUGGGAAAAGUACUUUGAAUGUCGCAUCCUCCGCCACGUUUACAGCCGUGUAGCAAGCCACCAGCUCUCCUACAAGCGCUCGUUGUCGCGGAUGCCAGCAGGCACAGCAGACAGCAUCAAGCUUCUGGACAAUGGCCUCUAUGCUGUGCCCAGUUCCACAAACUCUGCAACGUAUUAUGAGAUGUCAGCUGAUGUAGGUGCUUGUGCAUGCCCUGCUGGCAUCCAAGGUGCAUUUUGCAAACACCAAGCUCUGGUGCAUGAAAGGUUUGGAGGGCUGUUUCCCAAUGCCCCUGUGCUCACCACAGAUGACCAUUACCAACUUGGACAGCUGGCCAUCGGUGACAAGUGCCCACCGAAGAAUUUUUUCACACCCUUUCUGGAAGCUGAUUACACGUGCGACACCCAAGUUGUAAUGUGCGAUCCUGGACCCAGCACCGCAUGUCAACGCCCCUCAAAAGUAGCGACAGGCCUAGUGUCACCUGCAUCUGCGCCAAAUAUCGAUGACGCCCAGCUCUCACAGGAUCGAGAAACUGUGUACAUGAGCCUCGAGACCAGCUUGCGGUGCCUGCAUGCUAUGAACGCACAUAACGUGGCCUACCUUGAUAUCGUGAAAGGCUUAACUGGCCAGUUAGAACUCAUUCCCAACGGCAACGAUGCCACUGGUGCCAUGCUUGCCACGAAAGCAACUGUAGCAGCCCAAAGGCGCUCCGAAGAGCUUGUGCACGUGGAACGGUCAGUCACAUGCAUGCAAUUUCUGGCGCAGCAAAAUGAGAAGCAGCUUACGAGCAGCGUCCUCUUCGAGACUCCAGGGCUGCUGCGACCAGAAGCUGCAGACAAAGUCGUCCAACUGGACGUCACUCUCGCCAACGGCAACGCGCCUUCCGCGUGA